AUGAAAAUCCUCACGUCAAACUUCGUCACCUGCGCCGUGAAAGCGUGCAAGUCGUCCUCGGCAUCAUACCCACUCCACUUCCAGAACGCAGAGCUCGAGGAAGAAGAACUCGAAUUUCAACCUGAUUUCGUACGAAACAUUCUACCCAGAAUAGACUGGGAAGCUCUCAAGAUUAGUGCCAGCGAGCUAGGGUUCCCGUCGAUAAGUGAAUCGAAGCCUGAAGGAGACGAGCUGAAUAAUGAGCAGUUGCUGCGCGAUUUGCAUAAACUGCUCCUUGAAACACAUGUCGUAGAGGGACAGCUGGUUUGCGGAAACUGCGGGCACGAAUAUAAGAUAAAAGAAGGGAUUGCAAAUUUCCUGCUUCCAAGCCAUCUUGAACCAAUGAAGAAAGAUAAAAAUUAUUAA